AUGAGACUGUCGUUGAGGCUGUGCAUUGCGAGUGUAAUCGUGCUUACACAGCUUGUCCAUGGAGCUUUAUGUUGGGGCAAGGAUGGUCAUUACACUGUCUGCAAAAUAGCCGAGGGAUACUUUGAGGAAGAGACUGUAGCUGCAGUGAAAAAACUUCUGCCUGAGUCAGCAGAAGGAGAUCUAGCAUCUGUUUGCUCAUGGCCUGAUGAGAUCAAACGAUUCUCGGAAUGGGACUGGACUAGCGCUUUGCACUACGUUAACACACCUGAUUACAGAUGCAACUACGAAUACUGUCGGGACUGCCACGACAGUCAUAAGCAAAAGGACGUAUGUGUGACAGGAGCAAUCUUCAAUUACACCAAGCAACUUAUGACAGCUUCUGAUAACUUGCACACUCUGGUCCACUCAUAUAACUUGACAGAGGCUCUCAUGUUCUUAUCACAUUAUAUGGGAGACAUCCAUCAGCCCUUGCAUACUGGUUUUCCUGGAGAUCUAGGUGGUAACACGAUAAUACUCAACUGGUACCAUAACCAAACAAAUUUGCACCGUGUGUGGGACAACAUGAUAAUUGAAACUGCUCUCAAAACAUACUACAAUUCAAGUCUUCCACUCAUGAUUCAAUCCCUUGAAGCCAAACUAACGAACCGCUGGUCACAUAAGGUUCAGUCGUGGGAGUCAUGUAAACAUAAACAAACGGCCUGUCCAAAUCAGUAUGCUUCGGAAAGCAUAAAACUUGCCUGCAAGUAUGCUUAUAGGAAUGCAACCCCAGGAACUACUUUAGGAGAUGAGUAUUUUCUCUCUCGGUUACCCGUUCUAGAGAAGAGACUUGCGCAAGGCGGGAUUCGGUUGGCGGCCACUCUUAACCGUAUAUUUUCUGCAAAACCAAAGCUCUCUAGUGCAUGA